UUUCGAAUUUAUAACUUUUCUUAUGAUUUGUCAUUGUGAUCAAUGGACAAUUGUUUUCAAAAUCAGUCUGUACAAGAAUCAACCAUUUAUUAUUGUGACAAUAGUUCUUGCAGACUAAUUCAUUUAUAAUUUUCAAUAGAACCAAGCACAUAAAGAAUAAUAAUUAUAAUAUACAAUUUCCAAUGAUUCUUUUAUUACAUUUGUAAAAUAAAACGAAGAAGUACAUGAACAAAUAUGAACUUUUAUCAUAUUUAAAUCAAAUAAUCGUCGGAUUAAGUUCAAAGUUGUCACUCGAUUCCACGAAAGAACGAAAGCAACAUUUCGUGGACAGUUAGUGACGCGGUAAUGGGUUUGACGGAUACGAGUUUCGAAGUACUUUUGACCCUGUGGAGGGUUCUCGUCGUGGGAGUCGUGUGGACCGAAGAAAUCUGCGGUCAGUGUAGCGGUGUCUUACUGAGCCACAGCAUUGCCGAUCUCACUCGUUAAUCAUAUUGGACAUAUUAUUUGGAAGACGAUUAAAAAUAAUUCGUUGCUCGAUUCGUAGCAAGAGAUUUUGAUCGGUUCAUCAAUAGCGAAGAUAAUUAAGAUAAUGACGUGGAAACUGAGACAUGUCGUCGAGGGUGGUGAAGAAUGCGCCAAAGUUGAACGGCAGCGUCGACGGCAGGGAAACGUGGUCCGGCAAAGUCGAUUUUCUUCUCUCUGUCAUCGGAUUUGCCGUCGAUCUUGCAAAUGUCUGGAGAUUUCCUUACCUAUGUUAUAAAAAUGGUGGCGGCGCUUUCCUGGUUCCAUAUUGUAUAAUGUUAGUAGUAGGAGGUAUUCCAUUGUUUUAUAUGGAGCUUGCCUUGGGUCAGUUCAAUCGAAAAGGUGCGAUCACUUGCUGGGGUCGUUUGGUACCACUUUUAAAAGGAAUUGGCUACGCAGUGGUAUUAAUUGCAUUCUACGUCGAUUUCUAUUAUAAUGUGAUCAUCGCCUGGGCAUUGAGGUACUUCUUCGCCUCGUUCGCAAGUCUUUUACCUUGGACUACCUGCGACAAUCCAUGGAACACUUUACAUUGUCGUACAUUUGACACAAACAUUUCUUACAUGUUCGACGAUGCAUAUUUCGUCGACACGCUCGACUCCACAUAUCCUGGCAAUUCAUCUCUGAUCGAGGACCGUUUGGAUAGGAAUUCGAAUCAAGGAUACAAUAGCACGUGGUACACAAGCGCUGCUCAAGAAUAUUUCAACCGAGCUAUUCUAGAACUUCACGAAAGCGAGGGUUUACACGAUCUUGGAACAAUUAAAUGGGAUAUUGCAUUAUGCCUGCUGAUGGUCUAUCUGAUUUGUUACUUCUCCUUGUGGAAGGGAAUUUCUACUUCUGGCAAGGUAGUUUGGUUCACGGCUCUAUUUCCUUAUGCUGUUCUAUUAAUUCUACUUAUACGAGGCGUCACGUUACCAGGAAGUCUGGAAGGGAUUCGUUAUUACCUCAAUCCGAAUUUUUCCGCCAUCAGUAAAGCAGAGGUCUGGGUGGAUGCAGCAACGCAAGUGUUUUUCUCUCUUGGACCAGGUUUUGGUGUACUUCUGGCUUAUGCAAGUUAUAACAAAUAUCACAACAAUGUCUACAAGGACGCUUUAUUAACCAGCUUGAUAAACAGUGCAACAUCCUUCGUUGCUGGUUUUGUGAUAUUUUCUGUAUUAGGGUACAUGGCACGAGCAAGCGGAAAAUCCAUUCAAGAUGUAGCGACUGAAGGACCUGGUCUAGUGUUUAUCGUUUAUCCUGCUGCCAUCGCUACUAUGCCUGGAUCAACAUUUUGGGCACUCAUCUUUUUCAUGAUGUUGCUUACAUUAGGAUUGGAUAGCUCGUUCGGAGGUUCCGAAGCGAUAAUAACUGCUCUUAGCGAUGAGUUUCCAAUUAUUGGGAAUAAUCGUGAAAUUUUCGUCGCUUCGCUUUUCACGCUAUAUUUCCUUGUCGGUUUAGCUUCAUGUUCUCAGGGUGGCUUUUACUUCUUCCACUUGUUGGACCGAUACGCAGCUGGAUACUCGAUGCUGUUUGCAGUUUUGGCGGAAGCGAUCGCCAUUAGUUGGAUCUAUGGAACAGACAGAUUUUGUGCAGAUAUUAAAGAUAUGAUUGGAUUUUCACCAGGAAUCUAUUGGAGAGUCUGUUGGAAAUUCGUUGCUCCGAUAUUUCUUAUGUUUAUCAUCGUUUACGGUUUAAUGGGUUACGAACCACUGACUUACGAAGAUUACGUAUACCCUGUGUGGGCAAAUAUAUUAGGCUGGUUAAUUGCGACUUCCUCAAUUGCGAUGAUACCCGGCAUUGCAAUUUACAAGAUCAUUAUCACACCCGGCAAUUUUAUUCAGAGAUUAAAGAUUCUCACCACCCCCUGGAGAGAUACUCAACAAAGAAACGCAGAUUUCUCUUCAGUCGCAAAUGGCGCAGUUCGUCGUAGUUUCAUCGUGGAUGAAGAUUUAAACCUAACCAAAGAACAACAAAAUUUAAGAAAAGAGCAAACGGAGGUGAUGAUCCAAUCUAGAGAGAAUGUUAAUGGAGAUCCACCACCGGAGCCAGUCUAGGACAGUGCGGUUGUGAUUUUACACGGUGCCCGGUUCCAAGUAUAUCUUUGCUAAUACUUUAUCGUGGGAAUGUACAGUUCUACACGAAACUCGAACGCACCCACUUAGAUUUUACGAUACAAAUGUUUAAUGACAAUUAUUUGCUCUUUUUGAAAGACAAAGCUUCAAGCUUUGUUAGAUUUUUGUGGAAAAAUAUUUUUUCUUAAUACAUUGUUAUUGCAGUGAAAAAUAUUUAAAAAAAAAUCUUAUCUUGCUAUAAAUUAUGUUAAAAAUAAGUUUUCAAUCGUUCAAUCCUUAUAUUAGUCUUUUAAUGCACUGUUAACUCUUUUGCUACUAAUAUAAUAAUAAUAAUAUGUCUGUAAAAGUAUUUCGAUCUCUGAAUAUUUUUAGAGAUUAUAAAAAUUUUAUUUUAUUACAUUUUAUUAUUUUAUAAUUAUUAUAAUUUUUAUUAUUAAUUUAGAAUAAUCUUUAAGAGAUUUUAAAUUGA